AUGCGCCCAGAGGAUCUUGGAAUUCCGGAGGAUGACGACGAUGGCGACGACGUGAAAGCUGACUUUGUUGACGAAAUGACCCCUGACGAAGAACCUGACUUUAACGAAGACCUCGACACUAAAAUGGAAAUGUAUGAAGAAGACAAGUUAGCCAGUGAGGAAGAAAACUUUAGUCAAAAGACUGAUAAAUACGUCUUAAAGCUUGAGAAAGAGGAUUCUGAAAAGUCUCGCAUGAUAGAAGAACUGAAAGAGAAAGUAGAAGCCCUGACAGAAGACAGAGAAAAGAUGGAACGAGCCAUGCGAGACUUGGAACGAUUGCUCGAAGAGAAGAAGAUAAUGAUCAAUUUGAUGCCUGCCGAAAUGGACAUACUCAGAAAAGAAAUAGCGGCAAAGACGGAAGAGACCGAAAAGCUACGAAAGGAGAACGAGGAUAAAAACUCAACUAUAACCAUCCUGGAGAACACGGUCGUAGUUCUUGACAUGGAGAAGGAGACCUUGCAUCGGGAUUUGAGUAAAAUGGAAGAUGACAGAAAUCUGUCAAAUGUCCAGCUGAACAAGCAGAAGGAGGACUUGCAGAGACUCCAAGAAGAGAAUCGGAGGAAACAGAGGGACAUCGAGGUUCUUCAGAAGGAAAAUGAGCUAAGGAACCUAAAGAUUAAUGGGUUAGAAAAUGAAAUAGAAGAAUGCAAGCUUCAAAAACAGAGGGCUGACGAAAAUUGGCAACAUCUGCAACAAUGUCAAGCAGAAUUAGCCGAGAGAAAGGAGGAGAUCAAAGAGCUCAAAGAACAGAAUGUCCAAAAGGACAGAGAAAUCCUGAGACUGGGAGGUGAAUGCUCCCAGAUGCAAGAGGAUAUCAUCUGUCUCUUAAAAAUGGUUCAAAUUGUUGCCGCAGAAAAGGGAAAAGGAAAGGAGCUGAAUGAGAUGACGAGGAGGAAAGUCCAACUCGAAUUCGAACUCGUUGAGAUGAAGGAGCAACAGGAAACGGUUGAGUUUGAAAAGAUGGAGGCAAUCGUGGAAAUUGAAAGACUCCAAGAAGAGAACGUUGCAAAGGAUCACAAGAUCAGAUCCUUAGAGGAGCAAUUCAGAUUUCUUAAAAUGAUGCCGAACGAACAGCCUGUAUUAAAAACGACAGGUGAAAUGAUGAAGUCUCUCGAUAAACCUCGAUGUCUAAGGAGGCCUCAGGUCAAUUGUAAAGCCCUCCACCGACGACUGGACAGCAUCGAGGAAGGAAUUAAUCAGGUCAGGGCAAUGGAACAGACUUCAGAUGGCAACAAAAGAGAGACUAAAGCCCUCAAGAAGACUAUAUCUUCAAGAAAUCAAAAUAAGCAGCUAACACUGAACAGGGAGAAACUACAUCAAAAGAUGAGGCUGAAAUCUGCAGCAAACCUCCAAAAACUGGAGCAAGAUGCUGCAAUGGUCAAAAGCCUCUACAAGAUCAAUGCUGUCACUUAA